CAAAGAAGAAGAAGAAUUAAAAAACGAGCGCGAGGGGGUGUAGGCAGUUAGAGUAGCGCUUCAGUUAUGAUUUCAUUAACUUUUCGAUGGUGUAACAUACAGUUAGAGGAUUAAAUACUCGAGUUUGAUAGAGACUGUUUAAAAUUGUUAACAGACGUAAACAUUCACGGAGACGUACCAGUUUAUUGGCUGUUUUCAUGCCAAGUCUGGGACAACGCCCAAUAUUGAGCUUAAAAAGAAGAAGAAAGCUUCAUUUGGAUUUUUGUCAAAGCAAGGAAAAUAAAAUCAUUACUCAUGGUCAAUGAGACAGCAAUGCAGGCCUCAUAUAAUCAGAAAAAUCCUGAUUCAGCUGAAUUCCUUGAAAACAUUCCACCUAGAGUAACUGCUGCACCUGAGACAUCAAAGGUUGAAGUCCAGGCAGUGGAUAUAAGUGAAGAAAAUGGACCUCUUUCUGACGCCUAUAGUUUUUCAACACCAGCUCCAAGAGAUGACAAUAGAGGGAAAAAGGAAAAAUCAGAAUUGUCUGGCUUCCAGUCUGCUCUAACGCCGAUUUUAAAACACUUGAAUAUUGACAAUAACCGCUUAUCUCCAGAGUCUUUAAAACAUGUAUUUUCCAAAAAACAACUGUCUAAAUCAACAGGAAAGUCAGCCCAUCAUCCCAGCUCUGAUUUGUCAACUACCCCCCUUAGGAAAACAGAAGGUGGUAAAGGGGCUCCCGUGUGCUUGCUUGAUUUUGAAUACUUGCCAGAAGUUACAUUUCUUGAUGUCACAAAUGAUCCAACAGUGGAGUUGAGUACAAACGAGCCGGUACUUUGUGAAAGUGCACCUGUAAUACCAAAGGUUGGCAAUGAAAAUAACGCUAAGCCUCCUGACUCUCCAAAACCGGCUGAGAAAACAAGUUUAAACCCUCAUGCCAGGAUUGUGGUCCUUUCUAACAACCCGAGUUCUUCUGUAUGUUCAAGAAUAACAGAAACAUACUUGCCAGAGAUUACUCUCCUUGAUGUUUCCCGUGACUCUGAGCUAUCACCAGUUGGGCAGAUAUCCUCUUUCAACAUCACCCAGGAUACUUUGCCACUUGCUAACAUGAACAUCAACAAAGCUGUGUCAGAGCUUAGGGAAGAAACUGAAAGCUUGGAUACAGUUCAAAAUGAGAAGCUGUCAAGUGCAAGGCUACAGUCUAUCAACUGUGUGAGGGAAAAUGCCAUUAAAAUUUCCUUGGAAGUGACGGAAGACAUUAUUUUGGGUAAUGUUGUGGAAAAUAGCUUGACUUCAUCAGAGCUUAGUGGAAAAAAUGAGAAGCCUCAAGUAACAGAUGAGAAAACACUUGACGCCAAUCCUGUAAAUAUUACUCAUGUCAUAAGUUCCUCUCAUGAAAUGCCUGUACAGUGUUCAGGUUUGUCUUCUUGUUUGGAGUGUAACUCCAGUUCAAAGAGCGUCAUCUCGGAGUGGGAUUCUAAAUUUACCGAGAACCCAGAUACAGUGGAAGAUGUGAAUGAAGAGCUACUGACUGACUGUGACACAGAUACGGCCAGGAAAGUGUCACAACAAAACACAGAAAUGGAUGUGUCUAAAAAUGGCACAUUAACUGUUUUGCAGCCCUCCAAUCUGAGUGCUUCCUCUGACUUGAGCUCUACUGCUUCAAUUUCAUGCCCUGACAAUAAGACACUGGAUCUGGCAACACCCAGUGUUGACAGCCUAAAGGAGUGUGAGUCCACAGAUGAAACGCAGUCUGCCACUAAAAAAUUACCCUGUAUUGUGAAUCAAAAUUACUCAGCUGGGAAUGAGAGUAAUCAGCAUAAAGUGCAGAAUGCCACUUUUGAUCACUGGUCUCCACAGAAAUCCAGUAGCAACACUAUCCUACCAGAAGAUGUUACCACAAACCUUCACCUCCAGAAUAACACAUUUGACUGUAAACCUCCCUCUCAACAGAAUGCCACAAUAACUUUGUCUGAGAAUAGCUCAAGUGACAGUCACCACAACACUUUGGACAAAACCUCCUCUCCUAAAGUUUGUAGUUUAACUAUCAGCCUUAAAGACAAGAGUUCUGAAGUCCACCCCCGUGAGAUGCCAAAACAAAAUGCCAUAACAGUUGCUGCAGAGCCUAAUGUCAGUAUGCAAAAGAAUCCCAACAGUUCAUUUGAAGCUAAUCCUGUUUUAGAGUCGGUUUCUGGAAGUGGUGAACGUGAGGGCAGAGAUCAUUCAGAAUCAGGACUGCCUGUGACACAAAGUCUUUCUGAUGCUUCAAGCCAUCAAAGUAUGGAAACGGAAAACAACAAAGGAGACACAUUUAAUCUGGAUGAAACCCUAGAUUUAAAAGCAGACCCCAUGAUUACUUCAACACCAAUGCCUAACUGUAAACUGUUCCACUGCGACAAAGAGCGAGAGGCAGAUAAAAUCCUGGCGGUGCAGAAAAAACUGUAUGGAGAUGGUCCCAGUAAGCCAGAUGAUCAGCCUCCUUCAAACAUUGUCUGUGACCGUAAAACUUUAUUCACACAGAACACUCCUAGAUUUCUUAAGCCUCCUUUAAAAGUUACAUCCCAGCUGUUGAAGAACAAGCCAGGGUCCACACUUCUGGGUCGGCUUGAACCAGUAACAUCUGGUCUACCUGUGAAAAAACAAAGAAUCCAACCUGAGCCUGUAAGAAACGCUGCUUCUCAAGAAUCGCAAGGGACCACAGGAUUAUCAGGGUCCUACAGCUUGCGUUCUACCACAGCAGCAUCAAAACUGCCCAGCUCUGGAUUGCAGAGACCGCAGCCGGGUGUUAUUCCGUCAGUUGUCCAGAGAGCUGGACCAGGUCUUAGGCCACCAUCUGCAAGAUCCAACACAAUGUCUUCAAGCACUGAAAAACCCUGUGGACCAACAGCUGCCAAUGCUGUGACAAGGAAUGCACAAGGAAAGAAGCACCAAUUAACCAGAGGCCACGCUUUACCAGUAACAAAGAGGAAGAAAAUGGACCCUGGCGUGCCAUCAAGUAUUACUGAAACAACAGCAUCUGCCUGUAAUUCCUAUGAUAGUACAAACAAGACCAGAAACAUGAAACAGCCCACAACCAGUCAGAGAUCUUUGCCUGCUAAAUCCCAAAGAAAUGAUGCUGCAGUGCCAUCAGCUCCUGCUGAAACCUCAGCAUCAUGUGAUGAUUCCAGCAGAGGCAGAGCCAUUAAACAGCCUGCCACCAGCCAUAGAGCCCUGCUGGCUAAACCCCAAAACCAUGGUUGUGCAAAAUGUAGCACUCUUGAGGGGCAGCUGAAAGAAAAAUCUGAGGAAAUACAGAGACUGAAAGCAGAGCUGCUCAAGUACAAAUGAAUUAAUGUUUUUGUUGCAUCUUGAAAACAAUUUUUCUUUCAAUGUUUUGAAAUUUCUCUGUAUAAAAAAUGAAAGGACAGUUACACGCUGUUUAGAGUAUGUUAUUGUGUUAAUGUCUGCAAAGAUAAUCAGUAAUGAUUGUAUGCUGACUGAUACAGAGCACUGAUCAAUCUUUCUUUUUAUUAGUAAACAUGAUACAUGAUAAUACCUCCUACUGGUUUUGUGAAUGAUACUUGAAUGUACCUUUUUAAAACAGCAGGUUUGGACUUUCUUGUCAGAAAACCACACACAUGAAGUCUGUUCAAAGUCCAGACAUUAAACAUUAAUUCUUAGUUUUAAAUAAGGACACUAUAUAAAGUUCUUAUUGUGUUAUUUUUUUCCUCACAGCUUUAACCAUUUUUAUUCAAUAAACUGGUUUAUAUAUUGAUAAUUUUAUUCACUAAUGUACUUAUGUAUGUAUAAACGUACUCUGUUGUUUAUAUCUAUAAGUUUAUAGAAAAUUGUUUAUGGAACUGGGGGGUAUUCUAGAAAGGAUGUUUAACAAAUUUUGUUUUUAUGCCUGUGCUUGAGGUUGCCAAAUCCUCUGACGUCUUAACGUGAGUUUGCUCCAAAACACUGGCUAAGAAGUAGCUAUCACAACCCUGUGUUGGUUAAGCCAAACCUGUGAAAGGCUGCAUCCACCACCGCCCACUGUGACGGAGAAUUUCCAGCGAAGUCUAUGUAUUACUAGAUCUUAAAUGCAUGGUAGCCUACAGUUGCCAUGUGUUAUAUAAUUGCUAAAUUUAAUAAGCAUAUAUUAUCAGCAGUUAGAACCAGUCCUGGGUUAGGCAGCUGGGUCCAAAUGAAAGCAAAGGCUCAGCGCAAAGGGGUUUACCUAUUUCAUAGCCAAAAGAAGACUUUAGAGGGAUGGAAGACAGGUUCGGGACGACUGCAACAACCCCUCAUCCCUGUGGAGGAGCUUGCGAUGAUGAGUGGCAUCCCGGGAGGGUGACAUCAUCAGAACUGGGCCCAGAUGAUUGAAAGUAACUUUAAAGUACAUCUACAGUGCCAGAUCGCAAAGACAGACCUGGAAAUGGAAUACUUAGAACUUAAGAUAAGAAAUCCGUGGAGGCAUAGGCCAAAAUGUCAUUGAAUAAAGACAUUGCAUAAUGAAGUGUUUCUCUUGUCAGGCAAUAAAGCAUGCAUUGGGGAAUUUGCCAGACAAUGGUUGAAAUAAAAUAUUGAAAAUGGAGUUUGUUCAUUUC